AUGCUCCUGCUUGCAGGUCUGCUGGCUUUUGCUCUAGGAUCUGACGAGUGUCCUUACUACACCACUAAGGUAGGCCUCAAGUGCGUGCAUAAUGGGUGCGUGGUUUUCGACUACCGUGGCAUUCCUUCCGAAUGUGGGGGCCUGGGAUACUGUUCCGAAACACCUGCUAACUCUUGGGGCUGUGUUUGCAUGUAUGGGUCUAUUGCCGUAGGGAGCAACUGCGUUUCACAAUCCUGCGUUAAGCCAGGCACAGACCUUGAGUGUUCCGGCAACGGAAUGUGCAUUAGAGAGAAGUGCAUCUGCUCUCUCAGGCACAGCGGACUCUACUGUGAGAAACCUAUCGACGACCUUUGUCCAAGUAACAUGGUGAGCGCGGAGGGAUAUUGUGUUGUUGAACGAUGCCGAAGUGACAACGGAUUGAUAUGCGGAGGCCGUGGUUACUGUUUCAACAACCCCAAGUACGCUGUCCCGUGUUCCUGCGAUGAGAACUUUGAGUAUAUUAAGUCCGGGUGUCACCCAACUAACUGUCUCGGAGUGGUAAGCGAGACCAGUGAAGUCCUUGUUUGUAAUGGACACGGUGAGUGUGAGUUUGAUGCAGAGAACAGCAAGUGGGGCUGCGAUUGUGACGCUGGCUAUGUGCGCGCGGGCCACACGUGCGUGCCUCCUACUUGCGCUAGCUCUGGCGCUGAGCAUAUCUGUAGUUCUCAUGGAUAUUGCACGCUUAACUCUGAGACAAACAGCUAUUCUUGUCUUUGUCUUCACGGAUAUGCAGGAGACUAUUGUGAGAUGUGUGCAGAGGACGCCAUUCCCAUCUGGAGCGGUCUCUGUCUUGCCGGUGCAUGUGCCAGCUAUGAUGACAGUGGUAACUUGCUAAUAUGUAACAACUUGGGAGGUUGCGACGAAGACGCCUCUCUUCCUGCUCCUAGAUGCACCUGCUCUGAGGGCGCAUUCUUUAAAGACGGCAAUUGCUACCCACUGUACUGCAGGACUGGGCCCCAUGAGAUAUGCUCUAAUCACGGGACAUGCAGCUAUGAUGGUUGCAGGUGUGAAGAAGGAUAUUGCGGUGGCUAUUGUGAGAACAAGGUCAUCACUUGUCCUGAUGGAGAAACCUUCCUGGACGGGUCUUGCUAUCCGUCUGCGUGUGUCAUCAACAAUACUGUUUGCAGCUACUUUGGCCAGUGCGUCAGAGACGAGGCGACGGGAACAGCUCGCUGUGUUUGCCCGAAGAAUCUUCUCCAAGCAAACGACGGUUCGUGCAUCCCAAUGGCAUGCAUUUUCAAUGGAGAGGUGUGUCCAAAUAUGGGCCCCUGCCAGAUUGUCGGCGAGGACGAAUAUGAGUGCUUCUGUAACUUCAUCACCAGCACAAUCGUUGACGGACAAUGUGUGCCAUAUAAAUAUCUCAGCAAGAAUCUUUUUGGCGAGUAUGUCAUAUGUAAUGGCCGUGGGAAGUAUGAUGUGGGUUCCGACAGCUGUAUCUGCCACUCACUAUACAAGGGGCCUUCCUGUGAGUUCUGCGCGGAGAAUGCUGUGGUGAUCAAUGGAGAGUGCUACCCCAUGUCCUGUGUGAACAUACACCACGACGGGACUGCAGCUGUCUGCGGAAAUUAUGGUCAGUGUAUGCUAUCGCACGAGACCCACAAUCCUGCCCGUGAAAUAUACAGCUGCAUAUGCCGCGGAUACAGCCAUGAGAGCAACCUCUGCGUCUCCAAUGUCUGCAUGCCCUUCGUCGACGGUCCUGUGUGCAGCGGCCACGGAUACUGCGAUGGUGGCGCCUGUAUAUGCGAUAGCGGAUAUCGUGGUGUGCAGUGCGAAUAUUAG